AUGGCUUGCUCCAUCUUGUGUAGUGUACUUGUGGUGGUCACCGCGGUGGUGAUCAUCGGCACGGCUCGCGCGGGCAGCAGCUCCGGCGACCACCUCACCGCCGGCUUCACCCGUGUGAGCCUGCCGGAGUCCAAGUUCGUUGUGCAGAAGCCCUACAACGUUCCGCUCGACGCGCGCUACGAGUUCGCCGGCGGCGUGCGCCGGAUGUGGGUCUACUCCACCGACAAGCCCGCCAGCUCCACCCACCCCGGCGGCGCGCGCACCGAGAUCAAGAUCAACGAAGUGUACACGUCGGGGGUGUGGCAGUUCGAGGGCGAGGUGUACGUGCCGGCGGGCACAUCCGGCGUGUCCAUCAUGCAGAUCUUCGGGGCCAAGCCGGAGCGGCAGGCGACGACGCUGAUGCUCCACGUCUACGACGGCAACCUCACCUACUACCACCGCCUGCAGACUGUGCUCGCCCACAACGUCUACGACCGCUGGCUCCGGCUCAACGUCGUCCACGACGUGGGCGCGCGCAACGUCACCGUGUUCGUCGACGGCGCCGAGAGGCUGCGGUCGAGCAGCCACGGCGGGCCGCACGCCGAGCACUACUUCAAGUUCGGGGUGUACAAGCAGUCGCACCACCACCCGUCGCACCGCAUGGAGUCGCGAUGGAGGAACGUCCGAGUCUUCACCAAGCCAUGA